UGUCGCUGCUGCUGCUGAACCGUCUACUGCUGCAUCGUGUCGCUGCUGCUGGGUCCUGACCUGAACCGUCUACUGCUGCAUCGUGUCGCUGCUGCUGCUGCUGGGUCCUGGGCUGAACCGUCUACUGCUGCAUCGUGUCGCUACUGCUGCUGCUGGGUCCUGGGCUGAACCGUCUACUGCUGCAUCGUGUCGCUGCGGCUGGGUUCUGGGCUGAACCGUCUACUGCUGCAUCGUGUCGCUGCGGCUGGGUCCUGGACUGAACCGUCUACUGCUGCAUCGUGUCGCUGCUGCUGGGUCCUGGGCUGAACCGUCUACUGCUGCAUCGUGUCGCUGCUGCUGGUUCCUGUCCUGAACCGUCUACUGUUGUAUCGUGUCGCUGCUGCUGCUGGGUCCUGGGCUGAACCGUCUACUGCUGUAUCUUGUCGCUGCUGCUGGGUCCUGGGCUGAACCGUCUACUGCUGCAUCGUGUCGCUGCUGCUGGGUCCUGGGCUGAACCGUCUACUCCUGCAUCGUGUUGCUGCUGCUGGGUCCUGGGCUGAACCGUCUACUGCUGCAUCGUGUCGCUGCUGCUGCUGGGUCCUGGGCUGAACCGUCUACUCCUGCAUCUUGUCGCUGCUGCUGGGUCCUGAGCUGAACCGUCUAGUGUUGCAUCGUGUCGCUGCUGCUGCUGGGUCCUGAGCUGAACCGUCUAGUGCUGCAUCGUGUCGCUGCCUCACGCGCGCGUGGCGGGGCUCGAGCCAGCAGGAGGAGAGUCACCAAGUGGGUGGAGUGAUGGAGCGCUGUAGCGGCAGGAGCAGCAUCACAUUUGUGACGGGCAAUCAGAACAAGCUGAGGGAGGUGGUGCAGAUCCUGGGAGACUCCUUCCCGUACGAGCUGAUAGCCAAGAAGAUUGACUUGCCGGAGCAUCAGGGGGAGCCUGAUGACAUCUCGGAGCAGAAAUGCAAGGAAGCUGCACGGCAGGUGGAGGGGGCGGUGCUGGUGGAGGACACGUGCCUCUGCUUCGACGCCCUGGGAGGGCUGCCCGGACCGUACAUAAAGUGGUUUCUGGAUAAGCUGAAACCAGAAGGCCUGCACCGCCUGCUGGCUGGGUUUGAGGACAAGGGAGCCCGUGCCGUCUGCACCUUCGCCUACAGCCCCGGCCGAGCUCUCGGCUCUCCUGUGCUCCUCUUCCGCGGGGAGACGCACGGCAAGAUCGUUGAGCCCAAGGGCCCCAGAGACUUUGGCUGGGAUCCCUGCUUCCAGCCGGAUGGAUUCGACAAGACCUACGCGGAGCUACCCAAGGAGGUGAAGAACUCCAUCUCCCACCGCUCCCUCGCCCUCCGCAGGAUGGCCGAUCACUUCGCCGGCCUUGCAGACAGCGCGGCCAUGGCAGGCGAUGGCGGUGGUAGUGGUGGCGGUAGUGGUGGUAGUGGUAGUGGUGGUGGCGGUAGUGGCGGUAGUGGUGGUGGUGGCGGUAGUGGUGGUAGCGGUGGUGGUGGUAAUGGUGGCGUUGACUGA